AUGAACACAAACACAGACAAGAGUGUGGAAGGGACCUCCUCCUCCUACAGCCUCCUCCUACAGCCUCCUCCUGAUCCUGCAGCCUCCUCCUACAGCCUCCUCCUGCUCCUGCAGCCUCCUCCUCCUCCUCCUCCUCCUACAGUCUCCUCCUGCUCCUGCAGCCUCCUCCUACAGCCUCCUCCUGAUCCUACAGCCUCCUCCUCCUCCUACAGCCUCCUCCUCCUCCUACAGCCUCCUCCUGCUCCUUCAGCCUCCUCCUACAGCCUCCUCCUCCUCCUACAGCCUCCUCCUGCUCCUUCAGCCUCCUCCUCCUAUAGCCUCCUCCUGCUCCUACAGCCUCCUCCUGCUCCUACAGCCUCCUCCUGCUCCUACAGCCUCCUCCUGCUCCUUCAGCCUCCUCCUCCUACAGCCUCCUCCUCCUCCUACAGCCUCCUCCUGCUCCUACAGCCUCCUCCUCCUCCUACAGCCUCCUCCUCCUCCUACAGCCUCCUCCUGCAGCCUCCUCCUGCAGCCUCCUCCUGCUCCUUCAGCCUCCUCCUCCUACAGCCUCCUCCUCCUCCUACAGCCUCCUCCUCCUCCUACAGCCUCCUCCUGCUCCUACAGCCUCCUGCUCCUACAGCCUCCUCCUCCUCCUCCUACACCUCCUCCUCCUCCUACAGCCUCCUCCUGCUCCUACAGCCUCCUCCUCCUCCUACAGCCUCCUCCUCCUCCUACAGCCUCCUUCUGCUCCUACAGCCUCCUCCUCCUACAGCCUCCUCCUCCUGCUCCUACAGCCUCCUCCUCCUCCUCCUACAGCCUCCUCCUCCUGCUCCUACAGCCUCCUCCUCCUCCUCCUACAGCCUCCUCCUCCUCCUACAGCCUCCUCCUCCUCCUACAGCCUCCUCCUCCUCCUACAGCCUCCUCCUCCUCCUACAGCCUCCUCCUGCUCCUACAGCCUCCUCCUCCUGCUCCUACAGCCUCCUCCUCCUCCUACAGCCUCCUCCUCCUCCUACAGCCUCCUCCUGCUCCUGCAGCCUCCUCCUCCUCCUCCUACAGCCUCCUCCUCCUCCUACAGCCUCCUCCUCCUCCUACAGCCUCCUCCUGCUCCUUCAGCCUCCUCCUCCUAUAGCCUCCUCCUCCUCCUACAGCCUCCUCCUGCUCCUACAGCCUCCUCCUGCUCCUACAGCCUCCUCCUGCUCCUUCAGCCUCCUCCUCCUACAGCCUCCUCCUCCUCCUACAGCCUCCUCCUGCUCCUACAGCCUCCUCCUCCUCCUACAGCCUCCUCCUCCUCCUACAGCCUCCUCCUCCUCCUACAGCCUCCUCCUGCAGCCUCCUCCUAUAGCCUCCUCCUCCUCCUGCAGCCUCCUCCUGCUCCUUCAGCCUCCUCCUCCUACAGCCUCCUCCUCCUCCUACAGCCUCCUCCUGCUCCUACAGCCUCCUGCUCCUACAGCCUCCUCCUCCUCCUCCUACAGCCUCCUCCUCCUCCUACAGCCUCCUCCUGCUCCUACAGCCUCCUCCUCCUCCUACAGCCUCCUCCUCCUCCUACAGCCUCCUUCUGCUCCUACAGCCUCCUCCUCCUCCUCCUCCUACAGCCUCCUCCUCCUGCUCCUACAGCCUCCUCCUCCUGCUCCUACAGCCUCCUCCUCCUCCUCCUACAGCCUCCUCCUCCUGCUCCUACAGCCUCCUCCUCCUCCUCCUACAGCCUCCUCCUCCUCCUACAGCCUCCUCCUCCUCCUACAGCCUCCUCCUCCUCCUACAGCCUCCUCCUGCUCCUACAGCCUCCUCCUCCUCCUCCUACAGCCUCCUCCUCCUCCUACAGCCUCCUCCUCCUCCUACAGCCUCCUCCUCCUCCUACAGCCUCCUCCUCCUCCUACAGCCUCCUCCUGCUCCUACAGCCUCCUGCUCCUACAGCCUCCUCCUCCUCCUCCUACAGCCUCCUCCUCCUCCUACAGCCUCCUCCUGCUCCUACAGCCUCCUCCUCCUCCUCCUACAAGCCUCCUCCUCCUCCUACAGCCUCCUUCUGCUCCUACAGCCUCCUCCUCCUCCUCCUCCUACAGCCUCCUCCUCCUGCUCCUACAGCCUCCUCCUCCUGCUCCUACAGCCUCCUCCUCCUCCUCCUACAGCCUCCUCCUCCUCCUCCUACAGCCUCCUCCUCCUCCUCCUACAGCCUCCUCCUCCUCCUACAGCCUCCUCCUCCUCCUACAGCCUCCUCCUCCUCCUACAGCCUCCUCCUGCUCCUACAGCCUCCUCCUCCUCCUACAGCCUCCUCCUCCUCCUACAGCCUCCUCCUGCUCCUACAGCCUCCUGCUCCUACAGCCUCCUCCUCCUCCUCCUACAGCCUCCUCCUCCUCCUCCUACAGCCUCCUCCUCCUCCUACAGCUCCUCCUCCUCCUGCUCCUACAGCCUCCUCCUCCUCCUACAGCCUCCUCCUCCUCCUACAGCCUCCUCCUCCUCCUACAGCCUCCUCCUCCUGCUCCUACAGCCUCCUCCUCCUCCUACAGCCUCCUCCUCCUCCUACAGCCUCCUCCUGCUCCUACAGCCUCCUCCUGCUCCUACAGCCUCCUCCUCCUCCUCCUACAGCCUCCUCCUCCUCCUCCUCCUACAGCCUCCUCCUCCUCCUACAGCCUCCUCCUCCUGCUCCUACAGCCUCCUCCUCCUCCUCCUACAGCCUCCUCCUCCUCCUACAGCCUCCUCCUCCUCCUACAGCCUCCUCCUCCUCCUACAGCCUCCUCCUCCUCCUACAGCCUCCUCCUCCUCCUACAGCCUCCUCCUCCUCCUACAGCCUCCUCCUGCUCCUACAGCCUCCUGCUCCUACAGCCUCCUCCUCCUCCUCCUACAGCCUCCUCCUCCUCCUCCUACAGCCUCCUCCUCCUCCUACAGCCUCCUCCUCCUGCUCCUACAGCCUCCUCCUCCUCCUACAGCCUCCUCCUCCUCCUACAGCCUCCUCCUCCUCCUCCUACAGCCUCCUCCUCCUCCUCCUACAGCCUCCUCCUCCUCCUACAGCCUCCUCCUCCUGCUCCUACAGCCUCCUCCUCCUCCUACAGCCUCCUCCUCCUCCUCCUCCUACAGCCUCCUCCUCCUCCUACAGCCUCCUCCUCCUCCUCAGCCUCCUCCUCCUGCUCCUACAGCCUCCUCCUCCUCCUACAGCCUCCUCCUCCUCCUACAGCCUCCUCCUCCUCCUCCUACAGCCUCCUCCUCCUCCUACAGCCUCCUCCUCCUCCUCCUACAGCCUCCUCCUCCUCCUACAGCCUCCUCCUGGCUCCUACAGCCUCCUCCUGCUCCUACAGCCUCCUCCUCCUCCUCCUACAGCCUCCUCCUCCUCCUCCUACAGCCUCCUCCUCCUCCUACAGCCUCCUCCUCCUGCUCCUACAGCCUCCUCCUGCUCCUACAGCCUCCUCCUGCUCCUACAGCCUCCUCCUCCUCCUCCUACAGCCUCCUCCUCCUCCUCCUACAGCCUCCUCCUCCUGCUCCUACAGCCUCCUCCUCCUCCUACAGCCUCCUCCUCCUCCUCCUACAGCCUCCUCCUCCUCCUACAGCCUCCUCCUCCUGCUCCUACAGCCUCCUCCUCCUCCUACAGCCUCCUCCUCCUCCUACAGCCUCCUCCUCCUCCUACAGCCUCCUCCUCCUCCUACAGCCUCCUCCUCCUGCUCCUACAGCCUCCUCCUCCUCCUACAGCCUCCUCCUCCUCCUACAGCCUCCUCCUGCUCCUACAGCCUCCUCCUGCUCCUACAGCCUCCUCCUCCUCCUCCUACAGCCUCCUCCUCCUCCUCCUACAGCCUCCUCCUCCUCCUACAGCCUCCUCCUCCUGCUCCUACAGCCUCCUCCUCCUCCUCCUACAGCCUCCUCCUCCUACAGCCUCCUCCUCCUCCUACAGCUCCUCCCUCCUACUCCUCAGCCUCCUCCUCCUCCUACAGCCUCCUCCUCCUCCUACAGCCUCCUCCUCCUCCUACAGCCUCCUCCUGCUCCUACAGCCUCCUGCUCCUACAGCCUCCUCCUCCUCCUCCUACAGCCUCCUCCUCCUCCUCCUACAGCCUCCUCCUCCUCCUACAGCCUCCUCCUCCUGCUCCUACAGCCUCCCUCCUCCUCCUACAGCCUCCUCCUCCUCCUACAGCCUCCUCCUCCUCCUCCUACAGCCUCCUCCUCCUCCUCCUACAGCCUCUCCUCCUCCUCCUACAGCCUCCUCCUCCUCCUACAGCCUCCUCCUCCUCCUACAGCCUCCUCCUCCUCCUCCUCCAGCCUCCUCCUCCUCCUCCUACAGCCUCCUCCUCCUCCUACAGCCUCCUCCUCCUGCUCCUACAGCCUCCUCCUCCUCCUACAGCCUCCUCCUCCUCCUACAGCCUCCUCCUCCUCCUACAGCCUCCUCCUGCUCCUACAGCCUCCUCCUGCUCCUACAGCCUCCUCCUCCUCCUCCUACAGCCUCCUCCUCCUCCUCCUACAGCCUCCUCCUCCUCCUACAGCCUCCUCCUCCUGCUCCUACAGCCUCCUCCUCCUCCUCCUACAGCCUCCUCCUCCUCCUACAGCCUCCUCCUCCUCCUACAGCCUCCUCCUCCUCCUACAGCCUCCUCCUCCUCCUACAGCCUCCUCCUCCUCCUACAGCCUCCUCCUCCUCCUACAGCCUCCUCCUGCUCCUACAGCCUCCUGCUCCUACAGCCUCCUCCUCCUCCUCCUACAGCCUCCUCCUCCUCCUCCUACAGCCUCCUCCCCUCCUCCUACAGCCUCCUCCUCCUGCUCCUACAGCCUCCUCCUCCUCCUACAGCCUCCUCCUCCUCCUACAGCCUCCUCCUCCUCCUCCUACAGCCUCCUCCUCCUCCUCCUACAGCCUCCUCCUCCUCCUACAGCCUCCUCCUCCUACAGCCUCCUCCUCUCCUACAGCCUCCUCCUCCUCCUACAGCCUCCUCCUCCUCCUCCUACAGCCUCCUCCUCCUCCUACAGCCUCCUCCUCCUCCUACAGCCUCCUCCUCCUCCUCCUACAGCCUCCUCCUCCUCCUACAGCCUCCUCCUCCUCCUACAGCCUCCUCCUCCUCCUCUACAGCCUCCUCCUCCUCCUACAGCCUCCUCCUCCUCCUACAGCCUCCUCCUCCUCCUACAGCCUCCUCCUGCUCCUACAGCCUCCUCCUGCUCCUACAGCCUCCUCCUCCUCCUCCUACAGCCUCCUCCUCCUCCUCUACAGCCUCCUCCUCCUCCUACAGCCUCCUCCUCCUGCUCCUACAGCCUCCUCCUGCUCCUACAGCCUCCUCCUGCUCCUACAGCCUCCUCCUCCUCCUCCUACAGCCUCCUCCUCCUCCUACAGCCUCCUCCUCCUGCUCCUACAGCCUCCUCCUCCUCCUACAGCCUCCUCCUCCUCCUCCUACAGCCUCCUCCUCCUCCUACAGCCUCCUCCUCCUGCUCCUACAGCCUCCUCCUCCUCCUACAGCCUCCUCCUCCUGCUCCUACAGCCUCCUCCUCCUCCUACAGCCUCCUCCUCCUCCUACAGCCUCCUCCUCCUCCUACAGCCUCCUCCUCCUCCUACAGCCUCCUCCUCCUCCUACAGCCUCCUCCUCCUCCUACAGCCUCCUCCUCCUCCUACAGCCUCCUCCUCCUCCUACAGCCUCCUCCUCCUCCUCUACAGCCUCCUCCUCCUCCUACAGCCUCCUCCUCCUCCUACAGCCUCCUCCUGCUCCUACAGCCUCCUCCUCCUCCUACAGCCUCCUCCUCCUCCUCCUACAGCCUCCUCCUCCUCCUACAGCCUCCUCCUCCUCCUACAGCCUCCUCCUCCUCCUCCCUACAGCCUCCUCCUACAGCCUCCUCCUCCUCCUACAGCCUCCUCCUCCUCCUACAGCCUCCUCCUCCUCCUGCAGCCUCCUCCUCCUCCUGCAGCCUCCUCCUCCUCCUACAGCCUCCUCCUGCUCCUACAGCCUCCUCCUGCUCCUACAGCCUCCUCCUCCUCCUACAGCCUCCUCCUCCUCCUGCAGCCUCCUCCUCCUCCUACAGCCUCCUCCUCCUCCUACAGCCUCCUCCUGCUCCUGCAGCCUCCUCCUCCUCCUGCAGCCUCCUCCUCCUCCUACAGCCUCCUCCUGCUCCUACAGCCUCCUCCUGCUCCUACAGCCUCCUCCUCCUCCUGCAGCCUCCUCCUCCUCCUGCAGCCUCCUCCCGCCUCUAAGCUGCGUCACUUCUGUGCGGUCGCCAUCUUUCUCCUCACAUGCUAACGAUGCUAACGAUGCUAACGGUAGCCUGUAG